GUAUUACUUAAAGUCUGAACCAGCCCCGGCAGCACGUCUUCUCUAAAAGCCUCCAUAGCCACCAACACCCCAAGUCUAGGGUUUUUGGUGAGUCUUUCUUCAACCUCGAGCAAGUGAAAUACUAAAAGCACGCAUAUUCAUCAAUGUCCAGUUUCUUUAUGGCGAAACAGUCAGCUGGAACGGGGUAUCCGGGGGCUCGAGCUGGGGUGCGAAUUGUGGUGGCGGGGGAGCAGGGUACUGGAAAAUCAAGCUUGAUUGUCACUGCUGCUGCUGAAAAUUUCCCCACUAAUGUCCCGCCUCUUUUGCCUCCUACCCGGUUGCCUGAAGACAUCUACCCUGAUCGUGUUCCAAUCACCAUCAUUGAUACCUCUUCCAGACCGGAGGAUAGAGGUAAACUUGCUGAAGAACUGAUGCGGGCUGAUGCAGUUGUGCUUACUUAUGCAUGUGAUCAGCCAAAGACCCUUGAUCGGUUGAGUGAAUACUGGCUUCCAGAGCUUCGUCAAUUAGAGGUGAAAGUUCCAGUUAUAGUGGUGGGCUGUAAGCUGGACUUAAGAGAUGAACAACACCAAGUGAGUCUGGAACAAGUUAUGUCACCGAUAAUGCAACAGUUUCGGGAAAUUGAGACUUGUAUUGAAUGCUCAGCUUAUAAACAUAUUCAGAUCCCAGAGGUUUUCUAUUAUGCACAAAAAGCAGUGCUUCACCCUACUGGGCCACUCUUUGAUCAAGAAUCUCAAACUUUGAAGCCCCGCUGUGUGCGAGCCUUAAAGCGUAUUUUCAUUCUCUGUGAUCAUGAUAGGGAUGGCGCUCUCAGUGAUGCUGAGUUGAAUGAUUUUCAGGUAAAAUGUUUCAAUGCACCAUUGCAACCUUCUGAAAUAGUUGGUGUCAAGAGGGUUGUGCAAGACAAGUUACCUGAAGGAGUUAAUGAACGGGGACUGACAUUGACUGGGUUUCUCUUUCUCCAUGCAUUAUUCAUAGAGAAAGGGCGUCUUGAGACAACUUGGACUGUCCUGCGAAAAUUUGGAUACAAUAAUGAUAUUAAACUUGCAGAUGAGUUGAUUCCACAUUCGUCAUUUAAACGAGCUCCUGAUCAGAGUGUGGAGCUGACAAACGAAGCUGUUGAAUUCUUGACUGGAAUCUACGAGUUGUUUGAUAGUGAUGCUGAUAACAACCUAAGACCUUAUGAAAUCGAUGACAUUUUUUCUACUGCCCCUGAAAGUCCUUGGGAUGAAUCUCCAUAUAAGGAUGCUGCAGAGAGAACUGCAUUGGGAGGCCUAUCUGUUGAUGCUUUUAUAUCGGAGUGGGCUCUAAUGACACUUUUGGACCCAGCACGCAGUGUUGAAAAUCUAAUAUACAUUGGAUAUCCUGCUGAUCAAUCUUCUGCAAUCCGUGUGACAAGGAGAAGACGUUUGGAUCGGAAAAAGCAACAAUCAGAGAGAAACGUUUUCCAGUGCUUUGUCUUUGGGCCAAGGAAUGCUGGAAAAUCUGCAUUGUUGAAUUCUUUUAUUGGAAGGCCCUAUUCUGAUACUUAUACGUCUACUACCGACGAGCGAUAUGCAGUAAAUAUCGUUGAUCAAGCAGGGCCAGGGGGCAUAAAGAAAACACUUGUUCUGCGAGAGAUACCGGAAGACAUGGUAUCGAAACUGUUGUCAAGCAAAGAAUCUUUGGCUCCUUGUGACAUCGCAUUGUUUGUGUAUGACAGUUCGGAUGCCUCGUCAUGGAAGAGGGCAACUGAGUUGCUCGUGGAAGUUGCAAGCCAUGGUGAGGAUAAUGGCUUUGAGGUACCUUGCCUUAUUGUUGCGGCUAAAGAUGAUUUGGAUUCAUUUCCGAUGGCAAUACAGGAGCCUACCAGGGUUAGUCAAGAUAUGGGAAUUGAGGCCCCUAUCCCCAUCAGCUCGAAGUUGGGUGAUUUCAGUAACUUAUUCCGUAGGAUUUUAAGUGCGGCCGAGCAUCCUCAUUUAAGUAUUCCUGAAACAGAAGCUGGAAGAAGCCGCAAGCAAUAUCACCGACUCAUAAACCGCUCUCUUAUGUUUGUUUCGGUUGGAGCUGCAGUGGCCAUAGUUGGACUGGCUGCAUAUCGUGUUUAUGCUGCAAGGAGGAGUUCCUCCAGCUGAGGGAUGAAGAUCAGCUGAUAGUCGGUACCUUCUCUUUCUCUUAAGUAUAACAAUUAUUCAACCUCUCGCCCAAUAUCAUCAGAUACCCGCGUUGGCUCAUCCAUAGUGAAGAUGCAAAUUUCAGUUACUUGUCAUAACUUAUUAAAUUACCUUUCAGCUCUUGCUGUUCUCAGAAAUAUUUAGAGUGGGAUAGUUUGGGUGGAAGAGUUUUGUAGAAUGUUGACAGAUAAUGAUGGAUUGGGUUCUUGUGCAGGGCUUGUGCAAUAAAAAAAAAAAGAAAUUUUGUUAGAGAUAAUCUCAGUUAAACCUUUUUUCUUCUGAGUAUAAUGCAAUAUGCUUCUUUUCUGCACUG